GGCGCGGGCGGGAGGGAAGGGGUUAGGAGUAGGGUCCGCCUGGGCUACCUUCAGCCCUCAUCAGACGGACGGCGAACUGCGAAGGACUACCUUUCCCCAGUCUGUUCUCCCAGCGCCUCCCUGGGGAAAGAGAACUAAACUCCGUGUUCCUUUGCGGAGCCGGACGCCUGAAUUGGGAAGUAGGGCGAAUCAAGGCCGGGAAAUGGGACCCUUGGGUCGCUGCUGCCGCAGGGACUGAAGAGGCAGUCUCUCAAUUCCCAGGACAUGUUUGCUGCUUCUGCCUCUCCCCGCCGGUCUAAGUGGAUCGCUCCACCUAUUUCCUCCCCCGCUCUUUCGGCGCAAUGGAUUGUUCCAUUGCCCCUCCAGUCUCGGGCCUGCGUUGCGGGGGACACUGGCACGGCCCUCAUCGCCCCCUUCUCAGGCGGGAGCAUGCUGGGGCUCCCGGGGCUGCGGCUCCCCCCGGCGGGGUUCCUGCUCCUGUUGCCGUUCCUGCUGCUGCUGCUGCCCGCAACCCCCGCGCCCCAUCGGGCUUCCUACAAGCCGGUCAUCGUGGUGCAUGGGCUCUUUGACAGCUCGUACAGCUUCCGCCACCUGCUGGAAUACAUCAACGAGACACACCCUGGGACUGUGGUGACAGUGCUCGAUCUCUUCGAUGGGAGAGAGAGUUUGCGGCCCCUGUGGGAACAGGUGCAAGGGUUCCGAGAGGCUGUGGCCCCCAUCAUGGCAAAGGCCCCUCAAGGGGUGCAUCUCAUCUGCUACUCGCAGGGGGGCCUGGUAUGCCGGGCACUGCUGUCUGUGAUGGAUGACCACAAUGUGGAUUCUUUCAUCUCUCUCUCCUCUCCACAGAUGGGACAGUAUGGAGACACGGACUAUUUGAAGUGGCUGUUCCCCACCUCCAUGAGGUCCAACCUCUACCGCAUCUGCUAUAGCCCCUGGGGCCAGGAAUUCUCCAUCUGUAACUACUGGCAUGACCCCCACCAUGAUGACUUGUACCUCAAUGCCAGCAGCUUCCUGGCCCUGAUCAAUGGGGAAAGAGACCAUCCCAAUGCCACUGCUUGGCGGAAGAACUUUCUUCGUGUGGGCCGCCUGGUGCUGAUUGGGGGCCCUGAUGAUGGUGUCAUUACCCCCUGGCAGUCCAGAUUCGUAGGAAGCUGCAAAGAUAGUUUAGAGAGGUCCUGUGUAACCAUCACCAAGUUCCCCUCAAUGGUUGCAUCCUAUGUAACUACAGCACAGUAUCACAACCAGGAAUAUGACAUUGGUACGUGUGUAUAGCUCCACAUGCCAUGUAAUCACAUUUCCUACCACCUCUUUUACUUACCUGGACUACUGUAAUAGCCUCCAGCUCAUCCCCUCUAUCCUAUUCCUCAGGAAAAUCCAUGGCUUCAUGGCACUCUGUGCCUGCCUUUGAUCAUCAUGAGUGAUCUGAAAUGUCACCUGAUCUACUUUAGUCACUCAACAAAUACUCUGUGUGCCUAGGCACUGUUCUGGGUCCUGGGGAUGCAGUAGUAAAUGAAAGAGAAGUCCAUGGUGUUAUGUAGCUUACAUUCUUGUGGGGGAGACAGAUAAUAAAUGUAAAUCUAUAUGCCAAGUGGUGAUAAAAUAAGGCAGGGGAAGGGAUUAGAGGAUGGCCACGGCCUAUAUUAGCUGAUGGCCAGAGAAGUCCUUCUGGAAGAGUUGCCAUUUGAGCAGAGACUGAAGGAAGUGAGGGAAAGAGUUGUGCAUCAAACUGGGGGAAGAACAACCCAGGGGACAGGAGUAGCACCUGCAAAGGCCCUGGGGCAGGUCUGAGGAAUAAGGAGGUCCAUGUGGCUAGAGUGCAGGGAGCUAUGGAGAGGGUGGGAGAGGAGGUGAAAGAGGUAGCAGGGAGCCAGUUACAGAGAGCCUUUGUGGGGCACAGUAAGCACCCCCCCUUUUUUCCUGAAAUAUACACAACAUAAAAUGUUACCAUUUUUAAGUGUAUAGUUCGGUGGCGUCAAGUCCAUUCACAUUCUUGUGUAAGCAUCACCACUAUUUAUCUCCAGAACCUUUUUUUCCUUCCCAAAUUGCAACCCCAUACCCUUUAAAGAACGGCAACUCCCUCAUCCCUGCCCCUCCCUGGCCCCUGGCAACCAUGGCCCUUGCUUUUUGAAAAUUCUGAGUGAGAGGAACACGUUGGAAGGUUUUAAGUGAAUGAGUGACAUGCCUUAUAAUAGUUAGAGGUGGGAUUUAUUUUUUAUCUCAUUUCAAACAAUCCUGUGAAGGUAAGAAUGGCUCAAGGUUAUAUAGCACCUUUUAUGUCCCAAAGCAUUAUUCCAAGUACUUUUCAAAUAAAGCUCAUUUAAUUCUCACAACAACCCUAUAGGGUAAUUACUACUAUCCUCUUUUGACAUAUAAGGAAACUUAAGUACAAAGAGAUUAAAUAACCUGCCUACAUUCAUAGAGUUAGUUAAGUGGUGAAGUCAGGCUGUCUGACUUAAGGACAAUGUUUUCUUCUUUCUUUUUUCUUUUUUUUCUGGUAUG